GGCGGCGCAUGGUGCGCGUCCCCCGAGAGCUGCGCGCGGCGGGCGGGGUCGCGCCUGGGGUCGACGGACCUGCGGCCGUCCGCGGCGGAGAUGGAGGCGGCGCGCAGCGACAACAAGAACGGCAGCAUGAACGGCAUGCUCAGCCCCAACCGCACCGUUAACCCGGACUUGUACAACUGGAACGCCGUCUACCUCAUUUACUGCGACGGCGGCUCCUUCUCAGGCGACGUCGACGAGCCCGUUCACUUCAAUGGAACGACACUGUACAUGAAGGGAAGGAGAAUCGCGGACGUGCUACUGAAGCGCCUUUUGAAUAAGAUGGGGCUCGACCGAGCGGACACGGUGCUUGUGUCAGGGUGUUCAGCGGGAGCGGUGGCUCUGCUGGUGCACUGCGAUGGGAUUAAAGACACUCUUAAAGCCCUCUCUCCCUCCGUGGGAGUGCGCUGCCUCGCUGAUUCCUCCAUGUUCCUCAACGUUGCAGACAUCAACAACACCAAGAAGGUGGAGAGUUUCUUUAUUGAAGUCAAGGACAUGCAUGUGAGCGCUACAUGCCAUCAUGCCAUCUCGGACUCUUCUCGCCUCUCCUCGCCUCUCCUCGCCUCUCCUCGCCUCUCCCCGCCUCUCCUCGCCUCUCCCCGCCUCUCCCCGCCUCUCCCCGCCUCUCCCCGCCUCUCCCCGCCUCUCCUCGUCUCUCCCCGGAUCCCCCUUUUCUUCCCUUCCUUUUCUCCCCUUCCAUUUCUCUCCUUCCUUGUCUCUCCGCAUCUUCCUCCUGCCACCAGAAUCUCACCGACAGUCUCCCGGCAGCAUGCAUUGCUGAGCGAGAGCCAGAGAAGCAUCACGAGGUGUGUUGCGCUGCUGCUUCUCUUCUACAAUGCCACGUCACCUCUUACAGCAUGCCACUUCACCUCUUACAGCAUGCCACGUCACCUCUCAACCAUGCCACGUCGCCUCUUCCAGCCGUCGAUGCAAGCCACUUUAAAAAAACAGAACGUUAACCGCACGUACCGACUCCCAUUCCUACUCGCUUAA